AUGUCUACUUCACAUUUGACUCCACAACACAUUACCCAUUUAAUAAAUCUGAGCACACUGUGUACACUUUGGUCACAAACACACACAAAAUCUCGUGUUUUAUUCAAUUCGUUACAAAAUAUAAAUUCACAGCGUCAAGACACGCUAUUUCUUCUCUCAUCAAAAACCUCAUUUCUUGUUUCGAAUCUAAACUCAAUCCGUGAUGAUGAUGAUCCCCUUCUCAAUGAGAAACUGCUGCACACAUUAAUCUACAAACAAUCGUGUGAAAUUGAGUCAAUUCUUUUGAAAAUUCAUCAGUCUUUGGAUGAAUUUGAAAAGAUCCUAAAGGAAAUGCACGGAAUUUAUGAGAGAUCAAAUCGAUUAAUUGGUGUUCACAAGAAUGAUGUUAUAACGAACGAUAAUAAUAGCGCGAAAACAAUUUCACCCUCCCCUUCAGCAACCAAAAAGAAGUCAUCCUCAAAAUCCAAAAAGAAAGCCAAUUCUUCGUCUUCGCCUUCAAAAACUUCAAAUAUUCAAAAUCUCUUGAAAAAUGAUGAAAAAGGAGGAGGGAUAGCCGAAAUCUCAAUUCCUUUAUCUAAUCUUUAUUGUACUCGAAUCUUAGAAAAAUAUAAUCGGGAUUUAAUCUAUAAACGGAACUUGCUUCAAGGUGGGACUUUGAAAAUUGAUCAGAUUGAAAGUGUGAAAUUUGUUGCGGAACUUUGGGAAAAACAUAUUGAAAAUCAUUUAGAAGAAAAAAUUUUGGAUAGAAUAAAAAUAUGGAAACGUAUAAAUGAAUAUCUAGAAAUUAAUUCCUAA